UAUAAGAGGGCGCACGAGCUGCGCGGCGCAGGAGCCGCCGCCAGCGGAGGGCCGGGCGCAGCGGCCGCGGCCGGGGCGGGCGCAGGGCCGAGCUGACGGGGGGGCGCGGGCCCCCCGGGAGGCCGCGGCCACUCCCCCCCGGGCCGGCGCGGCGGGGGAGGCGGAGGAUGGAAACACCCUUCUACGGCGAUGAGGCGCUGAGCGGCCUGGGCGGCGGCGCCAGUGGCAGCGGCGGCAGCUUCGCGUCCCCGGGCCGCCUGUUCUCCGGGGCGCCCCCGACGGCCGCGGCCGGCAGCAUGAUGAAGAAGGACGCGCUGACGCUGAGCCUGAGUGAGCAGGUGGCGGCGGCGCUGAAGCCUGCGGCCGCACCACCUCCAACCCCCCUGCGCGCCGACGGCGCCCCCAGCGCGGCACCCCCCGACGGCCUGCUCGCCUCUCCCGACCUGGGGCUGCUGAAGCUGGCCUCCCCCGAGCUCGAGCGCCUCAUCAUCCAGUCCAACGGGCUGGUCACCACCACGCCGACGAGCACACAGUUCAUCUACCCGAAGGUGGCGGCCAGCGAGGAGCAGGAGUUCGCCGAGGGCUUCGUCAAGGCCCUGGAGGAUUUACACAAGCAGAACCAGCUUGGUGCGGGCGCGGCCGCCGCUGCCGCCGCC